AUGCGGAGGUUGCGGGCGCUUGUUCCCGUGACUGUCCCGGAGCCUGGAACAACCCCUCGGCGUCCCGACCAUCUUAUCACUAUCUUCCGUUUGCUUCUCCGCACCGCUAAUGCAUUGAGCAAAACGACGACCGUCCCUCAGUUUGAGAAAUCUCUCUACGACCUUAUUAAAGGUCUAAGAAACCACAAGGGAGCCGAGGAAGAUUAUAUACAGGAUAGCCUCCGAGAAUGUAAGGCCGAAAUCAAGUCGCAAGACAUGGAUAAGAAGGCCACGGCCUUGUUGAAGUUGAUAUAUCUGGAGAUGUUCGGGUAUGAUAUGUCUUGGGCUUCGUUCUACGUGCUGGAAGUCAUGUCGUCUACGAAAUACCUACAGAAGCGAUCGGGCUACCUAGCGGCUGUCCAGAGCUUCCGACCCGACACUGAAGUCUUGAUGCUGGCUACGAAUCUCUUGAAGAAGGACUUAGUGUCCUCGAAUAUACCAAAUAUGUCGUUGCCCCUCAUAACGCUGCCAAACAUCAUCACACCUUCACUCGCCAUGUCUCUGCUUCCCGAUGUUCUCUCUCGAAUCUCUCACUCCCAUGCCGCGGUCCGUAAGAAGGCAGUUGUGUGUCUAUAUCGAUUAUCUCUUGUCUAUCCCGAAUCUCUGAAGCUGGCAUGGCCAAAAUUAAAGGAUCGUCUUAUGGACGACGAAGAAGACGGGAGCGUCACGACAGCUGUCAUAAAUGUGGUGUGCGAGCUUGGAUGGCGAAGGCCUCACGAUUUUCUUCCUCUGGCACCAAGGUUUUUCGAGUUACUGGUGGAUAGUGGGAACAACUGGAUGGCCAUUAAGAUAAUCAAGCUGUUUGCAACUUUAACCCCUCUGGAACCGCGAUUGAUUCGAAAACUUCUACGCCCCCUGAUGAACAUAAUUCAAUCUACAACCGCCAUGUCCUUGCUUUAUGAAUGUAUCAAUGGCAUCAUCCAAGGAGGGAUCCUGGAUGGUGACGGGGCUCUUGAAGAAAAGGACGAGAUCGCCAGUUUAUGUGUUGGAAAGCUCCGGGGGAUGAUAGUCACAGACUCUGAUCCAAACUUCUCAGUGAAAUAUGUUGCUCUGUUGGCUUUCAACCGGAUCGCGGUUUCGUACCCUUUUCUGGUGUCGGUACACCAGGACGUGAUCAUGGACUGUCUUGAUGACCCCGACAUUUCAAUUCGGCUACAAGCUCUUGAACUUGCAGUCCGAAUGGUCACAAGUGAUACUCUGGAAUCGAUUGUGCAUCGUUUACUAUCCCAGCUUCAGUACACACGCCAAAACACAGACGGCAACCGCACAGACAUUCAUAUGGCCGAGGCUCUGGAGGAAGAGGAUCGAAGGCACUCGAAUACCCCGUCUACCGUUCUACCAUACAACUACCGGAUCGAGGUCAUUCACCGGAUCCUGGACAUUUGCUCCAACAACAACUACUCGGAGUUGCCUGAUUUUGAAUGGUAUGUGGACGUUUUAGUACAGCUGGUGAAGCUGCUUCCUUCGGAUGGUGCAGAAUUACCAAGCAACGGCGUUGCAUAUCAUCAGGCGAAUAACCAGCGAGGGAGCAUAGCCUCCCGAGUCGGAUCGGAGCUGCGCAAUGUAGCGGUUCGUGUCAGGGACGUUCGAAUGGAGGCAACCAGGGCUGCCGAAUCGCUCAUUGUAAACGAGAACACAGAAGCUAUAUGCCCUGCCAUGUCUGGUUCGAAUGACAGUCUUUUAGGACCUGUCGCAUGGAUUGUGGGUGAAUACGCAGAGUAUCUCUUAUCUCCCGGGCAAACACUUCAGUCAUUGAUGGAUCUUUCACGCAUGAAUUUAUCUGCAAGCACAACGUCGCUCUGUCUGCAAGCAUUGCCCAAAGUCUUGGUGGAACUCAUCACUGGGAAGGGACAGGGGUGGGAUACACAGCGGAAGGGUGAAAUCUCGCUUUUGUUGGCACGCAUUAUCGAAGUGCUGGAAACGUUGGCAUCGAAUCCUGAUCUAGAUGUACAGGAGAGGGCGACUGAAUUCUUGGAAGUCAUGCGACUGGCAGCAGACGCGAUCCAGUCGCACGUACAUGAAAUGGAUCAGAUGCCACUCCUCCUUACCUCUGCGCUACCAAGCCUGUUCUACGGUCUUGAACUGAACCCGGUGUCCGUGAGCGCCCAGAAAAAGGUGCCCUUGCCCGAGCAGAUCACCCUCGAUGACCAGUUCAACGAGAAUCUUCGAGAACUGUUCAGGGAUCAAGAUAACACUGCGUUGGUGCUGGACGCCCAGGUGCGCUUGCAAGACUUCUAUUACAUCCGAGAGCCAUCACUCUCCAGCAAACCGAUCGAAUCGAUCCAGCUCGAUAUCCAACCGGACUCCUACCAGAACCUAGCGGAUAAUUUCAUGGAUGACGGAGCGGCUGGGGCGAGACGAAAGGCUGUGCGCAAAGAACGCAAUCGAGAAGACCCUUUUUACAUUGGGACAGGGGAGGACUCCUCGGGCACGUCGACGCCUUUCCAUCAAGCUUUCACUGCCGCCAAUGGGUCCGAACUGGACAUCGACUCCAUCCCCAUCAUCGACCUCAAAUUGAACGACGUCGAAAGCUAUCGCAAGCCUUCACUGGCGCCCCAUGAGAACCGUAAGCACGGGAAGUCCCGUCCCAAACGAUACAAUAUCAUCGCCGAUGAGGUGAUCGGCCAGGACGAGACGGGCAGUUUGGAGACGUCGGGUGGGCCUAGUAAAUCGAAAAAAUCGCUCCUUGAGGUGGACUCGAGUGGCUUAGGGCGCCUUUCUUUGCGAGAAGAGGCGGAUUCUUCACCAGGGACUGGGGCCUUCCCCAGUGCAGCCGCGCAUGACACGGAGAUGGCACUAGCGAUGCAAGAAGUCGAGAGGGCGCGACUUGAGAUGCAAAGAGCUUCCGAACGAGUCCAAGCGAAGGAUAUCCCCGCAGAGGGGACAUUGGUGAAAAAGAAGCGGAAGGUCAAGAAAGCGAAAGGUGACGAAGCGCGACCGACGGACCCACAAAACCCCGAGGUUUUAUCGAAGAAGAAGAGGACCAGGAAGCCGGCAACGUCAUAG